AUGGCAGUUCCUAUCAACAAUAAUGCCAGCAGUUUCUUCUUCAUACUGAUGGAUUUCCUGGGACUGGAGGCUGCUCACUGCUGGACAGCUGUUCCUGUCUGCUUCAUCUAUGUUCUCUCUUUGCUGGGCAACACCACCAUACUGCACAUGGUUAAGUCCAUUCCCAGCCUCCACACUCCCAUGUACCUCUUCCUCUCCAUGCUCUCAGUGGCUGACCUGGGCCUCACAGUUUCCACACUGCCUUUCAUGGCAGCUGUUUUUCUCCUGGGCCAGAGGAAGGUGGGAGCUGCAACCUGCUUUGUACAGCUCUUCUUCAUCCACACAUGCUCAGUAAUUGAGUCAGCUGUGCUGUUGGCCAUGGCUUUUGACCGCUGCGUGGCUAUCCGAGAGCCCUUACGCUACGCCACCAUCCUGACAGCCAAGCGCAUCGGGGCCAUUGGGCUGGCCAGUGUGCCCCGCAGUGCUGCCCUCCACCUGCCCCCUGUACUCCUUGGAAGGCUGCGGUUCCCACCUGUGAAUGCUCUGUCACAUUCCUACUGUGUUCACCCUGGUGUUCUGAGGCUGGCCAGUUCCAGCACAGUUGUGAACAGUGGCCUUGGGCUCUUUGUAAUGCUCUCCACAUUGGGCGUGGAUGCGGUCCUCAUUCUCCUCUGCUAUGUGAUGAUUUUGAAGACAGUAUUGAGCAUUGCUUCCAAUGCUGAGAGACUCAAAGCUUUCAACACUUGCAUUUCCCACAUUGGUGUUGUAUUAUUAUUUUAUACCCCACAGGUCAGCCUGUCCACCAUGAUCCAUCGCUUUGGGAAAAAGAAGCUGCCAGCUCAGAUAUACAUGCUUCUCUCCUAUUUGCACUUUCUUGUACCUCCAAUGCUCAACCCGAUUGUCUACACUGUCAGAGCCAAAGAGGUUCGAGCACGCAUUCUGAAGAUGCUCCAACCCAGUAAACUCUGA